CUGCCUCAAUCAAGUGAUACGUCCAAUAUCCAAUAUUGUGUAUCUAUACUACUUGAACGAUUGACACCGAUAAUUUUCACAAUGAGUAAAUCCACCAUAUUAAACCGACUCUCUGCCCUGGACACCAACACAGUGUCCGAUGCUCUAGAUUUCUUAGACCUCAAGGGCGCCACCUAUGGACUACGACCACUCUGGGACUGCCCAAAGAUAGUAGGACGAGCCAGCACAGUCAAAGUUGGUCCCAAGACCGACGCUGCUCCUACGACUCAUCUACUCACUCCGGUUAUCGAUGCCGUCACGACGGAUGAUCGCAUUCUGGUUAUCUCGGGCGGCACCGAGGGAAUCUCAUGCUGGGGCGACAUCAUCGCCAAUGCCUCGAAGAAAAAAGGCAUUCGCGGGACCAUCAUUGACGGCAUGAGUCGUGACAUCGACGGCAGCAAGGACGUCGGCUAUCCCGUCUACGGCCGGGGUGUGACCAUGAUCAGCGCACGUAACCGACUAGUGCAGCUCGAGUCCGGUACACCAUUGCAGGUUCGCGGUGUCACCGUCAACCAAGAUGACUACGUGAUUGCCGAUAUCUGUGGAACGGUAUUUGUGCCGGCUGCGCGCAUCGAGGAGGUUCUGGACUUGGGUGAACGUGUCGAUCUUCGCCAAAACCGUAUGGUGCAGGCUGUAAGAGCUGGAAACCCCGUCUCAGAGGUCAUGCAUGAUAAGCAAUUCGAGGCUAUCCGCUCUAGUGAAGAGUCUGCCCCGUCUGGCCCAUCGUCGUCAUCAUCAAACCCUAAUAAAGCAAGCCCCGAAGAUGCAGAGUUGGCUGCCCUAUUUGCCGAAUCAGACACACCUGGCAUCUCGGAUGCGCUUGAUAAGCUUGGUAUCACUGGCCAGGCGCUCGGAAUCAUGCCUUUGACCAACUACGAGAAGGUAACAGUAGGACCGGCCUUCACUGUGCGCUACGUCCCUGCCAGCGACCCCCCCGGCAGUGUUGGUGACUUCAUCGACGAUGUCGCUGAGGGUGACUUUGUCGUUAUUGACAACAGCGGUCGUACGGAUUGCACCGUUUGGGGAGAUAUUAUGACACAAUAUGCUGGCUUGCGAGGCAUUGCUGGCACUGUCAUUGACGGUGUCUGCCGAGAUGUGAACCGCGCGAUCAAAGACGAGUACCCCCUUUUCACAGCUGGUCGCUGGAUGCGGACUGGCAAGGACCGUGUCCAGGUAGGAGGCGUCAAUGAGUCUGUGGGUAUUGGCAGAGUGCGUGUUAACCCUCGUGAUAUCGUUGUUGCUGAUGCCAACGGUGUUGUCAUCGUCCCUCGGCAUCGGGCAAGGGAAGUUGCAGAAGUUGCGCAAAAAAUCGAGAAGAGCGAGGAGGGCAUUCGUGAAAUGAUUGAGGGAGGAGCAAGCAUUGGGGAGGCACGGAAAAAGCUUGGAUAUCACACACUGCAGCGGAAUGAGAAAUGA